AUGGAAGCACCUAGGAAUCGAAAGCAACGGCGAGCAGCUGCCGCCGCCUCCAAGAGCGACACCGACUCAACCUUCGAUCCGUCCUCCAUCCCGAUGGCCCAUCCACCCCGAAACACGACGAAGAACCCGAAAGAAAAGACCCUAGUCGAAUUGAUAGCUGAGCGGGAGAAGGAACUUCUAGGUCUGGGUCAGGACAGGAGUUCGACCGGAACGGGCGGUUCGACCCCUGGGAUGGAGACCCGAUUCGUGAGCAUCGACCCGACGUCCGGCGAGAUUUCCAACUUGGACGCAUCCAAACUCCCAAACGAACAACAAGGGACGAAAGGAUCCAUCAUGAGGUCAGCGUCGGACGAGAAUUCAGGAUCGGAGGAAGACGAGGGCGCGCCAAUCCCACCGUUCAUCGACACGGUGCUGCUUUCCGUGCCCCUGACGACGUUACACAUGACGUUGGCCUAUCUCGCGGCUCAUCAGUACGCAGAAUACAUCGUGUUGGACAAACUUAUCCGCGAAUCUGUAUUCGUUGCCUUUCCGAUCCUGACAUUUGCUAUUCACCUGGCACAUGGGCAUAUUGUGUCCCUAGGGAAUGCUCAGAGUUCAGAACACGUCUCGCUCAUCCCGUUCAGCCGGGAUAAACUAUCGAUCGCGUUUCUUCGAAAGCUGCUUUUCCCGCCGUCAUUGCGGACUAUGGUCUUCCUUCCGCUUGCUAUCUACCUUGGGGCCAAGCUGAUGGCUAUGACCAACGAAGAGCCAUACUACGCUGUUAUGAAGCGAGCGCCUUCUAUUGGAACACUGUGGGUGUGGAGCAUUCUGGAGAUCCCAGAAUUUUUCUUGCGAAAAUCCCAGCACAGCAUGUGA